ACUGGGACAGAAUGGCAUCAGGAUCUUCUCUCCUGGAAGAGGAGCUCUCCUGUCCUGUUUGCUUUGAAAUCUUCAGGGAUCCUGUUGUCCUGAGUUGCAGUCACAGCUUCUGUAAGGCCUGUCUGCAGAAGAACUGGGAACAGAAGGGAUCUCGGGAGUGCCCAGUGUGCAGGAGAAGAUCUUCUAAGGAUAAACCUCCCCUUAACCUGUCUCUGAGGAAUAUCUGUGAGUCGUUCUUAAAGGAGAGAAGUCAGAGAGCAAAAGCAGGAUCUGAACUGCUCUGCAGUCUGCACAGUGAGAAACUCAAACUGUUCUGUUUGGAGGAUGAAAUACCCGUCUGCUUUGUCUGCCAAACUUCAAAAAAACAUGCAAACCACACAGUGCGACCAGUUCAGGAGGCUGCAGAAGAGUAUAAGGAGAAACUCAGGACUGCACUGGCUCCACUGCAGAAGAAGCUAAAAGCCUUUAAUGAAGUUAAAUUAGUCUGUGAUCAAACAGCAGAGCACAUCAAGAGCCAGGCCCAGCGCACAGAGAGCCAGAUAAAGAUGGAGUUUGGAAAACUUCAGCAGUUCCUAAAAGAUGAAGAGGCAGCCAGGAUCGCUGCACUGAAGCAGGAAGAGGAGCAGAAGAGUCAGAUGAUGAAGGAAAAGAUUGAGAAGAUGACAGAAGAGAUAUCAUCCCUUUCAGAACAAAUCAGAGCCAUAGAACAGGAGCUGGGAGCUGAAGAUGUCUCAUUCCUGCAGGUAAGACCUGUUCAGAAUUUAUUUUGACAAGCACAUGAAAACAUGAAUAAAUACUAAUAAGUUUUUCAUACAGCCCUAAUUGCAGUUGCUGUAAGGUACAUGACCACAAACAAAUAGAUAUCCCUGUGACCUACGUUUGGCUGACUGACCAAUAGUUCAUGCACCGCUGGCAUGAACAGGAACUUGCAGCCAAGCCAGAGCGUCAGGGACAGUCACUGUAAGCAGUCUGGCAGAGAGCAGUAGGAGUUCUGUGGGUCGCCUCUCUCUGCAUUGAAAUGAAGG